GGCGCGCAUGAUGCGCAACGCCAUCUUACGCACCACAUGACCUCGUUGCCGUGUCCCGUGACCAGCUCACGUGAAUUUCGACAAAUUCAAACGUUUUUUUUUUCGGCGCCAAGGAAUGGACAUUUUGGAGCAGCAGCUUGAACAACAGGAUGUCAGCGUCGUGAAGGACGAUGGCGGUGACACGACAGGGAUCGUUAUAGAGGAGGCGGAGAUUGUGGAUUGCGAAGGGGAACCUGUCGGAGAGGAUGAGAUGCGUUAUCCAGAAACCUUAGCAUAUAGAGUUGUCCAAGUAAAUGGCACGGCGGCUAUACAGUCAGCCAAUGAGAUAGAGCUUCCUGUAUCGCAACAGGGGAAUAAUACUGUACAGGUUCUAACUUCACCUCUGAACGGCCAGUUCUACGUUAUUGGGAAUGCCAAUGAUGUCUUUACUACAGCUCAGGCGUCGAGAUCUUUGGUGCCGAGAGCAGCUACAUUGCAGAUAGAAACCCCGAGAAAUUGUACCACUGGCUUGAAAAAGAGAGAUGACAGGCGGAGAGCAACACACAACGAAGUCGAGCGCCGGCGUAGAGAUAAAAUAAACAAUUGGAUUACAAAGUUGGGCAAGAUAAUUCCUGAUUGCAAUACUGGAACUAAUACCACUGUCAGCAGCGGUAGCGGAAGUGGAGAAGGAAAAACAAACUAUGAAACUCAGAGUAAAGGAGGUAUCUUAGCGAGGGCCUGCGAAUAUAUAGGAGAAUUGCGCGCGGCUAAUCAAAGCUUGGGUCAAUGCCUGCGAGAUAACGAGAAGCUACGGCAAGAGAUCACGGCAUUGAAACAAUUAGUUAACCAAUUGAAACGCGAGAAUCUUCAACUUAGAUCGCAAACUUCGUCUACGUCAACGGCCGGCAGUACCGACGUUGUACACUUGAGUCCUUAAGCUUCCUUUAUUUUGUGAGUCAGUGGCUCUUUUUGUAAAUAUUAGAAUCUAUGAGUUAUCUUUAUCAUAUAAGGAAAUACUAAUAUUCUGUUCUUUGGCGAUUAUAAUCGGUCUUACCAAUUAAAAAAUUAAAUUUUAGGUACUUCUAAUGAUAUAGUCAUAACUGCACACAUUCAUAAAUUAUCAUCAUAUUAAUAUUCUGUAUUCACAUGGCUAAAGUUAUUAAUUUCAAAUAUUAAUUUUUAUUUAGCGAGUAAAUAAUUUUAUUUUACAUGCAAAAAUUUCGUCAGAGAAAUUAUUUUUUGAUAAUAAAAAAAAUAGAUGACAAUUUUUUAUUUACAUAUUUCAAUUCUCAUGAUACAAUCGAAAACUCUGUAAGGAAAUCUAGAAUAAUUUUAGUUUAUUAUGUAAUUGUUUUGUGAUAGUAAAAUACAAAAUGCAACAAGAAGAAAGUUACGUAAAAAGUUAUAAACUUAUAAAAAAAAUCUUAUCAAAGAAUUAACUAUUCAUAUCAAUCACAAAAAUAAUUUUAUGUAGCAUUACAUGCAUAUAUGUAAUUAUUCUACAUAUACUGAAAGUUCUUUUCAAUUUUUGAAAAUAUAUUUUUACUGUUUAAUAAUAAAUUAGACGAAAUAGAAAAUAAUGUAGUUGUGUAGUUAUGACUGUUAGAAGACCUAUGUAUGGCAUAUAUGUAAAUGUCAAUAACCUGGUAUAUGUUGAAACAUCGUGGCUGUGAGUAUCAAACAUUAAAGCCCACAUUUAGAACAUACUUUUAUUGAUAUUACCGCGCUGUUUCAUUAUUCUAUCCCUAUUUUACGUAUACCGAUAAAAAUAGGAUGAUAUAGAUAGAAUGAUAAUAAUCGCGCUAAUAUCUUUAUAAGCGCGUUCUGAAUACAGACCCAAUUUUUUUUUAAUUUAAACGGCAAUGCAACCAAAAUUUAUGCUGAUAAAAAAAUUUUUGUUGAUUCACAUGAAGAGUCUACAAAUGACAAACGGAAGCAUAUAGAACUGUGCAAAGUUCGUUGAAUAUUUUUUAUUUUUAAUACUGUUUUCAUAAUUAAUAGAAUAAAGUACUUGAUAGGGUGAAAUUAGGAUUUAAACUGUAAAUUGUGAUCGACUAUAUACAUAUGGACAUAUAUGUAUUUGCACAUGUAUGUGUACAUAGUGUACAUGAAAUAUAGAGCAGCAUACAUGUGACAAUAACAUUUUUGUCGAUACAAGACAUUUUAUGGAAAAAAAAAACGUCAAAAAUUUUAAAUCCACCAAAUGUUAGAUAUCGGAAUGUAAUAUACCGUUAAUGUAUAUACCGCGAGGUUAUUGUUACAUAAAUGAUAAUUAUAAUUAAAACAAAAUCUAUUAAAAAU